AUGGACAAGUGCAAAGGGUGGCUUGUCAAGAGCGCCAAAGCUCCGUUUAACGAGAAACACGAGGACGCAGCCGUGCAAAGGGGCACGAUAUAUGGGGCCUUCGACGAGUUUCACAGUGUCCACCAAGAGAUCCUCGAGCGCUGUCGGUUGGCUUGUACUCACGGCUUGUACUCACCUAACGAUACCUUCGCCGCUGCCCGGGGCAAGUAUGUCCACCGGCAGCACGUCGUCGAACGCAUUGCUGGAAUCCAGAAGUCGGUCCUGCUUCCUGUGUCGUGGUUCGCAUACCGGCCAGCAUUCGAAAGGCUUGUCGUCGUUUCACAGAAUGGAGACAUUGGCGAGAUCCUUUCCGUGCAACUAGCAUACACCCCGCCAGAGAUUCUCGCCGGCAUGACCCUAUCUACGCAGGGUACCGUUGAUGCAUUAAUGGCAAUCGCCCGGAUACUGCCCCGUCACGACAAGACAAAGAUGUUAGCGCGGUUCCCGCCUCAGAAAGACCUACCCGGUCUCCCGAGCGAAGAAGUCCACAUCUUCGAGUUUGAGCAGGGCAAUGCGAUGCUCACCAUUACUUCGGGAGGAGGGAUGUUGAUUGGAGAGCUCCUGAUCGUUGGCACGGAGGGGAAACUCCGGGUCGCUAGCCCUUGGUGGGAGGCCGACACUCUUGAACUGCAUCUCAACAGCGUCUCUGACAAGGACGGCGAUUCGAAGCAGGUGAUCCAUGCGCCGUCUGUUAAGGGAUCUUUCAAGUACGAGGUGGCCGAGUUCCUCGCCGUUAUCGAAGCAGGGAAACCUUUCAGCAGCCCCAAGUUCACUCGUCGAGACUGUUUGGCCGUGUCACAAUACUAUCAAUCCAUUGAAGGGAAGAGAACAGGAGGUCUACCAGAUUUAAGAAACCGGCAUCAGCUUUGGAACGGUGGAUGGAUGGUAUCUAGACAGUCACAGGAAGAAAAGAUCCUGGUCAAGGAAACAGCAGUGACCUUCAGAACCUACCUCUUCGUUCUCAAUCUCCUUACUUGCAUUGCAAACUUCCUCCAGAUUCUGAGCACAACCACCUUUCAAUCACCCGCCCGAGACCCGUGUGUUCGAAAAGGCAGCCUACGAUGCAUCCGCAUCACCAUCUCGACAUACCCUGGCUCCGACUCUGACGUGAUGACCCCCUGCCUAAUAAGAGAAUCGAUCAUGACAACAGCACUAUCCGGCGUGAAGAGAUUCUCCCUCAAUGCUUUUUGGACAUCGUCCAGACUCAUUGCUAAGAACUCCGCCACCGUGUCGUCGUUUGGCUCCGGCACAGCAAAUACCAGAUUCCGGUCGUACACAUACAGGAGAUGGGGCACGACGAGACCGUGUCGACUGAAGCCCAUGUAG